GAAUGAAGAGAGUUGGAAAGGAGAGGACCUCCUCAUUGCCGGAUUCACAGCACGGACAGAGAAAUCAGUUAGCAAAAGCAACGGGAGAAACUACCGCAUACUAGUUCUAGGAGUUCAUACUAGCUCAUUAUCCGUGAUUGAAGUCCGCUUCGAAAUUUAGGACUUGAAAUUCUUGAACGGGAAAGUGGGGGACGAAGCACUAUAGAUUUCAUCCGAGUGUUUUCGUGGUUUUGGAUUCGUUGAAUUUUUUGCUGCUGUAAAUAGUCAGGCGAGUUUGAAUUUCUUGUGAGGAGAUUUUCUCUUCGAGUGCUGUCUCAAUGAGUUUAAUUUCUGGGUGGUGAAUUUGAGUUCGAGACUCUGUUGCUGGGUCGUGGUUUUGAAUGGAGUAAUUUGAUCCACAUACCCCCACACACUCAAGGAUUUUGGCUGUAUCAGUUAGCGAUGUCUGUGAAUAACAACAACAAUGCUAAUAGUAACAGUGUGGUGAGGAAUAUUGGGGGAACUAUGCCGGUGAAUAACAGCCCUAGUAGUAACAAUUUGGGGAGGAAUAUUGGGGCAGCCUCGCAUUUUGGGAAUUCAGGCAUGGUUCAGCAAGCAAGGCCAAUGAAUCAUCAUUCUCAGUCACAGUCUCAAAUGCACGGCGGGACGCAUUUUUCAGGUCAUUUUCAGUUAUCCGAGCCACAGUCGCGUAUAAUGUCUCAGGUACAGUAUACGCAGGCUCAUGCACAGGCACAAGCUCAAUCUGCUCAUGCACAGUUUCAAGCUCGUACUCAACCCGUUCAGCUGCAUAGUGCUAAGGCUAGUAAUGUUACUAUAACACCCUCUGUGUCAACACCUGGGACAGGGAGUUCUAAGAGGCCUACUCAGAAGCCACCUUCUAGGCCUCCAGGAUCUUCUAACAGUAGCGCUAGUUCACCUUUUAAAACCAUGGAGUUAACUCCAGCUGCUAGAAGAAAGAAGGCUAAGCUUCCUGAGAAACAAAUACCCGAUAAAGUUGCUGCUCUUCUGCCAGAAUCUGCCAUCUAUACCCGACUGCUCGAAGUUGAGGGUCGGAUAGAUGCUGCUCUGGCAAGAAAGAAAAAUGAUAUUCAAGAGUCUUUAAAGAAUCCUUCGCGCAUUCAGAAGACCCUACGGAUCUAUGUCUUCAAUACGUUUGAAAAUCAGAAUCAUAAUAGUUCUGAUCAGAAGAAUGUAGAAUCCCCUUCUUGGUCGCUUAAGAUAACUGGGAGGAUCUUGGAAGAUGGAAAAGAUCCCGCUAUAGCUGGAGACAUGCAGAAUUAUGAUUCUACUUACCCAAAAUUUUCAUCUUUCUUCAAGAAAAUCACUAUAUACUUAGACCAGAGCCUUUAUCCAGAUAACCACAUAAUUUUAUGGGAGAGUUCUCGUUCUCCUGUUCUGCAAGAGGGAUUUGAAGUGAAGAGAAAAGGAGAUAAAGAAUUUACUGCAGUGAUAAGAUUGGACAUGAAUUACAUGCCUGAAAAAUAUCGUCUUUCACCUGCUUUAUCAGAUGUGCUUGGACUCGAAACAGACACCCGCUCAAGAAUUAUGGCUGCACUAUGGCAUUAUGUGAAAGCUAACAAGUUGCAGAAUUCAAAUGAUCCUUCUUUCUUCACAUGUGAUCCAGGUCUACGAAAAGUGUUUGGUGACGAGAAGGUCAAGUUUUCUAUGGUAUCUCAGAAGAUAUCGCAACAUUUAAUUCCUCCACCACCUAUAAACUUACAGCAUAGAGUUAAGAUUUCGGGAAAUUCUCCUGUUGGAACUACAUGUUAUGAUGUCGUGGUGGAUGUACCGUUUCCAAUAGAAAAGCAAAUGUCAGCAUUCUUGGCAAACCUGGAGAAGCAUAAAGAUAUAGAUUCAUGUGAUGAAUUGAUUACUACUGCAGUAAAGAAGAUUCAAGAGCACUAUCAAAGGCGAGCUUUCUUUCUUGGCUUCAGUCAGUCUCCAGCAGAGUUUAUCAAUACGUUGAUAUCUUCUCAAACUAAGGAUUUAAGGAUCGUUGCUGGUGAUGCUAGCCGUCUUGCAGAGAAAGAACGACACUCUAAUUUUUACAGUCAAUCCUGGUUGGAGGAUGCUGUGUUUCGGUACCUGAACCGCAAACCUGCUGGAAGUGAUGUUCCUGGAAGCGCUUAAAGAUCCAAACAUUGAAUUCGGUGACAUCUGUUCUUAUAUAUAUCGCCUUUAUUACUUUAGGGGACUGAGAAUCUGCAAAACAAAUAUAGGAAUUCUGUAUUUGAAUACAUGGGUAGUUCUUGAUUGGGUAACUAAAGUUGCAGGGAAAAGUCGUCUUAAUUUGACUGCAACUUAGAAAUUUCAUUUCCAUUUUGUACCAUUUUUCAGGUAGAUGUUAGAAUCACAGAUGGUUUUGCUUGUCUCAAACUACUUACAUUCCAAUCUCUGCUUGGUUCUGAAUUUGCUUUAUACAGAAAACCAACUUAGGCAA